AUGGCUCAUGGAGAUUUGCCUGGAGCUGAACAGGUACUGGGCGAAAACUUGUUCGUCAACGAUGGACCACUGGGGCCUGACGAGUGGGCUGUCUUGACGCCCACAACACCGGAUACACCUAUCGAAGAGGUGCGCCGGCGAUAUACAGAGGACGGUUAUGUGUUUCUCAAAGGCCUCCUGCCCCGUGCGGACGUUUUGAAAGCCAGAGAAGAGUAUUUCAAGCUGCUGGCGCCUAGCGGCGUGCUGAAGCCAGGGACUGAUCCGGUGGAAGGUAUCUUCGACUCGUCCAAGGACAAGGCCGACUUCCCAGGCAUCGGCGCAGGAUUUGCUGAUGCAAAUGCGCGUCCAACUGGAGCCCAUCCAGAAGUCGUGCAAUUAUUUGUCGACCUAGCCCUUCAAGCCCAUACAGAGCACUGGUACAAGGAAGAAUUCUGCAAGCAUCCCGCUCUCCGGGACUAUGUGGCGAAAUUGACAGGUUGGGGAAACAACACGCUAGGUAUCCGCCGGACACUAUUACGGAACAACACGCCAGGGAAUCACGCGAUAGGGGUGCACUACGACCAGAUCUUCUUGCGGUACGGUGAGGACACCGCUGUGACUGCUUGGGUGCCGAUCGGCGACGUUUCCCGGCAAGGCGGUGGCUUGAUAUAUCUCGAAAAGGGCCACACUCUAGGCGCAGAGAUCGAAAAGCAGUUCACCAAAAAGGCGAAAGUCAGUGGGCUUAGUGAUGAAGAGGCCAAAAAUGCUUUCAACCAAAACAUGAUGCGCACUGGACUCCUGGCUGACGGUCCAUCCGAAUUUGGAAAGCGAUACAAUCGUCGCUGGCUGUUAGCAGAGUACGAAGCUGGAGAUGUUGUUCUUCACAACGCAUAUAUGAUCCAUGCCUCGACGAUCAAUUAUGACCGAGAUAAUAAGAUUCGGCUAGGGACCGAUUUGAGAUUUGUUGAUCAGUCCAAACCGUGGGAUACACGUUGGGCGAAGGAUUACAGGUUCGAUGAUGGUGUAUAG